GGGUCUUUCCUUGUAGGUUGAUUAUAUAUCCUACUCCUCGUUCGUUGCAGCAGCCAUCAUCAGCUUUCAAAACGCCUCUCCUCUUCCAGCAAGACUCACUGUUUCCCUACAAUCCUUACUGCAACUUCGCGCUAAAAGUGUCUCCAACUGCCUUCUUUCAUUCGCGACCAAAAUGGCAAACGCCUCCAUAACCCUCGAAUGCACUAAAAUCACGCCCCAGUGUCCAGCGGACGGCUCAGGCCUGAGCUACCCACCAAACGUCGCGGCCAGCGUCAUUUUUCUCUCUAUAUUCGCGCUCUCGGUCCCAGCCCACGUAUUCUUGGGCUGGAAGUUCAAGACAUGGACGUUCCUGGCUGCUAUGCUACUUGGGUCGCUGUUCGAGGUCACGGGAUACCUGGGGCGAGCAUUGCUGCAUAGCAACCCUUACAAGCUUAUUACAUUCCUCAUCCAAAUCGUUACUCUUACCCAAGGACCAGCCUUCUACUCCGCCGGCAUCUACCUCUGCCUAUCGCGACUCGUCGUCGUCUACGGCGUCACCCUCUCCCGCGUCAAACCAAUAACGUACACCCGCGCCUUCAUCUUCUUCGACCUGAUCUGCCUGUGCCUGCAAGGCGGCGGCGGCGGCGUCGCCUCCUCGGCUGACAACAAUAAGUCCAUGAUGGACCUCGGCAACAAGCUCAUGUUGGUAGGAUUGAUCCUCCAGAUCGUAUUCAUGCUUUUCUUCGCGAUGUGCUGUCUAGACUACUUCUGGCGCGUGCGCAAGAAUCCCGGACGGAAGAACCCGCAGUUUGCGAAGCUGCGGACGAGCAGUAAGUUUAAGGGGUUCUUGGUGGCGCUGUUUGGGUGCUACUGCGCGAUUUUCGUGCGAUGUGUGUAUAGGGUGGUUGAGUUGGGGGGCGGGUGGGAUAAUGCGUUGAUGAGGAAAGAAGUCCCUUUCAUCGUCUUCGAAUCGAGCAUGAUGGUCAUUGCCGCCUGGAUCCUCAUUGCUUUUCACCCCGGGCCUUGCUUCCAAGGCGCGUUCAAUUUCCAGCACUAUCAGCAGCUGCAGGAUGAGCACUCGAAGGAGGAUAUUUCGUUGAUUGCGGGGAAGUAUAAUGCGAGGAAUAGGUCGCCGUCUCCGUCGGGGUAUGGGGUUGAUUUGAGGCCGGAGCCGUAUGACCCUAUGCGCAUUGGGCGGCCGUUUUGAUUCAACUGACAGAAUCCCGGAGGAUUGGAAAGCAAGAGGAAGCCGGUGUAGAAGCGGAUUGAAAAGGGGUUAUACAAUUGCUGGGAUCUCGGAACCUAGGGUUGUGGGUUGUAGAAGAUUAGAUGCGCGUGUUGGAGAGUGGAUCUGAUUUGGCGUUGGAUGCCGGUGUGGUGUACAGUAACUUCCUCCUUUUCAUAAGUUCAAUUCAUUUUCAGGAGUAAUACCAGCAUAGAAAGCACUUAGAUAUGAAUAGUUUGCCGAGAAAUGAAGACAAGCGUUGCGAUUUCGACUGAUAUGAGCCGAAAGUGUCCAGAGGAG